AAAUACAACUCUCACUCUGUAUUUCUCUUUCAGAUUGAAACUGAUGUAAUAUUUAACCAUUUUGAACAUACCGCUGUGAAAAAGAUUAUUAUGUGGACUGCUCUUCUUCCUUCCUUGAUUGCGAUGUGCACGUUCAAUAUCGAAACAUCUGCAGUAAUCCCUUCAAUCGUAAAAGUGAAGUUUAUAAGAAUUCGGAAUACGCAGCAACGUAGGAUAUUCAUUGAAAAAUGCUGCGCAGAUUCUAUAAGUCACUGUGACUUAAAGAACACGACAGAGUACAUCAGCACUAUAUCCGCGACCACAAAAUUAAAUAAGAACACGCCUGCAGUAGGGAUGAGUUCCCUUGUCAAAGAAACAGUGACUACUGAAAUUUCUUCAACGGCACUAGGAACCACAGCAACUUCCACUGUUGCAACCACAGCAUUAACGUCAUUGUCAACCUCCACAACCACCACGACUCCGACAACAACAACAACAACAACAACAACCACGACUCCCACAACAACAACAACAACAACAACAACAACAACAAAAACAACAACCACUACUACCAUAACAACAACGACGACGACAUUACCACCAUGUAUUCCCUUUACCUGCCAACCAAAUGCUACAAAGCUUGACUCAAAAGGACUGGUUGACCCAAAAGCAGUCACGAACGGAUUCUUAAAAGUUGCUUGCGAUCGACUCUACCUGUUCAGUGUGGACAAGAAAACGUGGGCUGAGGCUGCCUCUGAAUGUUGCUCGUUUGGGAUGUCACUAAUCACUGUGGAGUCGUGGCAGCGCCUAUCGUGCAUCUCCGAUUUGAUGAACAGUGGCGAUGGCUCUGGGCUCGCGGGAGAAUAUUUAACUUCGUUGAGCGACUAUCAGAAGGAGGGCACGUAUAUUUGGUGCAACGGAAACAACACUGUCCUGGGCAACCUGACGUGGAAUUCCAGAGAGCCAAGCGGAAAGAGCGCCACAGGUCAAGAGGAAGAUUGUGGUUCUAUCACCAUCGGACCUGGGCCGGUGAAUAGCAAUGUUCUAAGCGACAUUGAUUGCGCUACAGUUAAACAAUACAUUUGCGAGACGCCUGCUGUACAAACAUGUAAUUCAUAUUCUUGCCAGAACACCAGUUGCACAGUAGACCCUGUUAAACGUGCGCAAUCAAUUGGUUGGAAAGACAGCUCCGUAGGAGAAUUUAAAAGUGUGUGCGGCCGCCAGUAUUAUCUGCACCGUAUUCCGGCAAGCCUCUCAAAACUUGCUAGAAAUUAA